AUGAUCAACGCCGUCCUGGUCUUCAACAAUGCGGGACAGCCGCGGCUGACAAAAUUCUACACCCAGUUGGAAACCAGCGUCCAGCAGCGCCUCAUUUCCGAAAUCUUCACCCUCGUCGCCAAUCGCCCUAAUUCAGCAUGCAACUUCUUGCCCCUUCCUCCGCUCCUCGCCAGCAGCUCCAAAUCCUCAACUCCUAGCACCCCGCACAACGACACGCCCUCCCUCGUAACCUACCGCCACUACGCGACCCUGUAUUUUAUCGUCAUUUCCACUUCUACCGAGUCGCCCCUCGCCCUUCUUGACCUUAUUCAAGUCUUCGUACAGGCACUUGAUGGCCUCUUUGAGAAUGUAUGCGAACUGGACCUCAUCUUUAAUUUCGAGACGCUGCAUGCCACAUUGGGCGAAAUGAUUGUCGGCGGUGUGGUCGUCGAGACACAGCUUGACAAGGUCAUACAGGCAGUCAAAGCCCAAGGCAGAGUCGCCAAAAGGCCAGUAAAUGAAGGGAAGAAUCUCGGCGGUGGUGGCGGCGGCGUUAUGGGCGGCCUCACAUUCGCUGGGCUGGGGCGGGGAGAUGGUAUUUGGGCUGGACGUUGAAGACCAGGAAACUAGACCCUUUCCAAUGCCUACUUUCAACCAUCCAAACAGCGACACCUUCCACCUUGGUGUUAUGCCGAGACUAUAUCUUAUCGAAUACGAUUACAAGCCCGACUCGGAAUUGGAGCCAAGCGUGCCUGAACACGUUUGCACCCUUUGGUGUUGCCUUGUGUCCCUGAGGGUUUGCCUCUUUGGUGUUGCCUUGUGUCCCUGAGGGUUUGCCUCUUUGUCGAGGAAACGAGGUCCCGCGCUAUUUACAAUGUACCUCAAGUUUUGUUUCGGCCAUACCAGUGCAUCGCUUCGACAGUGCAUUUGUAUUGUUUCCGGCGGAUUAAUCUGGGGAGUUUCUCCGAUCUGUCAAAACCCCGG